AUGAGCGAUGACACCUCCUCGUCCGCAGCAACAUCUUCCGACCAUGCAGGCGAGAAUGGCAGACACAAUGCCGUCCCGACAGCGCAGGAGAUCGCGAAGCGGCGGAAGAAGAACAGAGAGAUGUUCAACAAGAAGCGUGGUGAGCUGCUGGAUGACCUACUCAAGAGUUUGGAUAUUCUUGCCUACGCCGAGCUGAGCAUUAUCUACUACAAGGACUGCUCAUUCCUCCGCUUUUUCAUCAGAGCUAUUGUACAAUUUGUCUGCCUAACACCCAAGCCGGCCAUUUUCCCAGAGCCUCCGGCAAACAGACCGUACAUCGGCGGCAUACUAGGCACGAAUCUCCUGUGCAUACUUCUGCAUGUCGUAUUCGCUCCACCAUCGGCAGGCGAGGCUACGAGGGGCUAUCUCCAUGGCGGCCUCGCACUGGACUUCAUCGGCCAGAAAGGUCCGAGUAGCAAGCUUAAUCUACUGCUGCUAGAUGUGCUACUUGUCGCCAUACAGAUUGUACAACUUUCGGCACGUGUUACGAGACAGCGGCUAAAAGACGACUCAGCGCCUGUCCGCACAGCAACUCCUCGUGGAACACCCGGAGUCCCUCCGACGAGCGUGCAGGAUCUGGACGCAGAAGAGCGCGGCGUCCGACGAUCGACCGAGCAGCACGACAUCGAGAUGCAGACCCUGAACCCCACGGGCACUGCUAUUGCGGCAUCUGAUGAAGCGUCCCCGUCAGAGCGAGACAAUCUGCUCGCCAUAACAGCUCCACGCACCGAUGCCCACAUUUUUGAUGCAUUCAAUUCCGGCCAGAUUGUUUUGGCGGACCUCGAUAUCGUCAAGACCAUCAAAGAGCAGCUUUUAGCAUAUCAGAGUACACCGCAGGAUCCCUCGCCAUCAUUCAGCGACAUGCGAGCGAAUGUCAUUGGGCAGCUGAUAAGGUGGCGUAACGGCGCUACUGUUGGUCGGCCUGCGGAGAUGGGCUGA